ACUCACUGGAACUUUACAUUUCCUCCUGGUAACUUGUUUUGGUCCUUCUUUCACCGAUAGAUUCACCAGUAGAUUACUGCUAAGCUAUCUGAAUUGUAUCUAAAAGUCAAGUGCUAACUUGGAAUUAGUUAGUUGCUUUUUUUCUUCUUCAUUAUUUAAUGUGGCAUCAAAAGUGUGAGCUCUCAAACCAACAACUUUGUCAAAGGAUUUGGAGUUAUUGAAAAAGCAGACUACUGAAGAAGCUUAGAAAAGAAGGCAGAAAAUGACCUGAAUUAUCAGAAGUGAAAGAUUAAGCUAAAUGUGUCCGUAUCACUCCCAUUCACCUGGGUCCACGCUUCAGUUUCCAAUGCCAAAUGGAUUCCUAUAAUUUCCACUUUGAGAGAAUGAGCAACCUGGACCUGCACCCUCUGAGCCUACCAUUGAGUCGGCUCUCCCCAGCCAAGUCCACUAGCAGCAUCGACCAGAUCACCCACCAGCACGGCAAGGGCGACUCGGCCUACAGCUCCUUCUCUGGGGGCUCCAGUGCCCCAGAAUAUCCGUCCCCCCUCCUUUCAGACGACCUCCAGCACCACAGCCUGCACUACACAGACCUGAAGUAUGUGAAGGCCAUCUACCACCCCAACGUCCUCGACUCUGACGCCAAGAGCAUGGAUCAGCUCUACCGCUCGGUGGAGGCCAUCUCAAAUCAGUACCGCCACAACGAUGGCUGCCUGAGUGCUUCACAGUACUGUGAUCAGAAUCAGGAAAUGCUACCGCCCCCUCCUCCCCUGCCGCCUCCACCCCCCGCCCGCAUGGACAGCUUCAUAGCCACCAGGAACUUGGAGAACUGUAGGGCACAGCACGGCUCCGAGGGCCAGCUGGCAGACAUGCCACCUCCACGGCCCCAGACAAAUAAUUCUGUUGCUGCCUGUCUCAAGCCUGACCUAGUCUAUGGCCACCGGGCUUCACAGCCCUAUCACAGGGACCCAGUCGACCCUGACCACACAGUUAAUAACACUGAGCAACAAAAGUCAGCAAACAUCUUAAGUGGAUCACCCCCUCACACGAGUCAGCCUGAGCAGCCCAAACAGCAGUCCGGUAGCGGCGAUGGCGGGCACUUGGAGGGUCAGCGCAAGAGGGCGCACUUGGCCCAUGGCUCCCUCAUGCCGGAGCAGCAGCGGUCCGCCAGUCCCUGGCAUGUGGCACAGAACAUGGUCAACAGCAGCAUCCAGCACAAGGGCCAGUUCUACUUCGUUACAGGUGUUUGUAAGUCCAGUCUGAAGCAUGGCUCUCUGUGUGUGCCAGAGGCGGGCAGUGAGAGCCCUGUGCCAGCGCCAGUGGAGACCCACAGGCUGGUGGAGAUGGAGAGUUCACACAACACCAUGGACAACAUGUUUAGGAACACCCAACAGAUGCAGCACAGCACCCAUGACACCGCAACAACCAAUGACAGGGAGUUUUACACCAAGAGUCAAGAUGAGGAGAAACUGAUUCAGAGUAGAAUUUCAUACGGCCCCUCUCACAUUUCAAACCAGGGCUCGCGCAGUUUCGAUGCCUUAGAACAAAGUCACAAGGUCCAGAGCAGAGUUAUCGGCAGGCAUCACAGCCCCAACCACCACAUCUUCUACUGUGGCCCAGAGGAGAACUGUCCUCCAUUAUCAAACUUCCACAACCUGGUAGUCCCUCCACCAAUCAGCAUGGAGCAGGCCAACCACCACAAGAGAUACAAACAGGUCAAGAGAGGGAGGAGGCAGCUAUUAGGAGACGUUGCCAGUGAAAAGAUCAACAAGGAAACCACCCCGCUUCUGUACCACCUCACUGGAGCCAACAGGGUGGCGCUGAGUUUGCACAAGCCCGAAAAGGACAUUGAGGUCAGUGUGAAAAGUAAAGAUGCAGGCCGGAACACCACCCCCAUUAGCUGUAGUGAUACGACACCACGGGGUGAAACAUCCAAGGAAGAGAGAGUGGAGGCUACCUCCCACCCCUGCAACACCCAGGAUGAUGCCUUCACGAAGUACUACAAGGAGAAACUGAAGGACGCCCAGUCUAAGGUGCUCAGAGAGACCUCCUUUAAGAGGAGGGACCUGCAGCUGUCCUGGCCCCACAGAGUGAGGCAGAGGCCUGAGCUCAGGCCCACAAUACUUCACACGGUCUCCUCUUCACAGGACUCUGAGACCUCAACAGACACACUCACCCCCUCCCCAUCACACUCCGAGGGGACCGAUGAGGAGAACAUAAAGGUGACGGGGAAGGAGGUUGAGAAGGUGAUAGAGAGCGUGGUGGUGAAGGACAGUGAAAAGGAAAACGGGAGACCAGCGAAUGUUGCCCAGCCUCAGGUGCCUCGUAUCAGGGGAAGGAGGCGCCUGACUCCAGAGCAGAAGAAGCUGUGCUACUCAGAGCCGGAGAAUCUAAACCAGCUGGGUGACACACCCUCCCACCACGCAGCCUGCCGUUCCCUGGGCAACGAAAGUGAAGGAGGCCUGCUAGUGCUCUCAAGUGAGGAGGGGGAGCUGGGAGAACAGGGCCUGGUGGCAGCUAGGAGAAAGAUGUUUGAAACCAGAGGCAGGGCCAUGUCUGCCUCCAGCCUCUCCAAGACAUCCCUGAAGCACCUCCAGCACAAGGCCCUGGUGGCCUACAUGGAGCGCAAGACAGGACACAAGGUGGCUGAGUCCCAGCAGCCCAACCCUCAAGCCUCUCAAGUCCCCAGCCAGAGGCACUCCACGGCUGGGAAGCCUUCUGACUGGGAUCCCAGGCCUCAGUCUGGGAAUAAAGAAGGCCCCAAGAAGAAGCUGCACAGGCCCCACUCCGCUGGUCGCAUCCUGGACUCAACCUCCAGCUCGAUAAGGUACUCGCAGUUCAGCUCCAGCUCCACCCAGGCCCGAGGUUAUUCCCAACAGGCCAGCUGGAGAGAGUUACCCAGCCACUCUCAGGGGAAGUCUGCCUCUGUGGAAAGUCUUCUGGACCAGCCUGAACCACCUGAGUUCUUCAGAAAUCGUUCCACCUCAACUCCCCACGCAUUUCAGGGUCACAACUACAUGAAUGAUCCUUCACCAGUGAAUACUCUGGACACUUCCAGUACUCAGACUCAGAGGCCAGUAGAUGAGGAGACGGUGGUAAUGAGGAGAGGCCAGGCAAUGUCGGUCCCUGAGGGUCAGCGAGUCCGGGUGGUGGCCCAGCGGGGAAAGUCCAUGGAGGAGCUGGGUAUGUCCCAGGUCAGCCACUCUCUGGUCUUCAAUAAGAGCUCUGAGCAGCUGGACCAGCUCUGCAGUAGGCAGAUGGGCCCAGGACCAGGCCAGGAGAAGAGGAUCGUCUCAUUCUUUGGCGAGGGCCAGGAGAAAGCCCAGAGGCAGACCAAGAGGAAGCCCCUCUUCAAGCAGGAAUCUGCACCACAGCUGGGCAGUGAGGAAGACAAAGAGGAGAUGACUAAAAGCACCAGAGAGUCUAGUGAGUCUGUCUCCCCUGCAUGGAGAACCUCGUCUCGGGUCAGGACUCGCUCAGACGGCUCCCCCAGAUCAUAUGACUUUGGCCCCCUCGUUAAAGAUGAGAUCGAGACCACUGAGCUCUCCUGCGAUGUCCCACUCCCACCGUCCCAUAACGUUCAGGAGUCCAGUGAGAGAGUGGUCAAGUCUACCUCAACUUCUCCCUCCAUACCCACAAAUCCCAGGGGCACUAGAGAGAGCAAGACUGGCUCAAGCAGAGUGAAGAAUGCCCGUCCUUUACACCACUCUGUGGUGAGAGAGCAGUCAGUGGACGAGCCCAGUGUGAGUCCCAAGUCCCCUCAGGAAGUCUCCCUGAGCUGUGGAGUCACCACAGACCCCACUCUGUGGAUCAUACCACCUGAACCAGGGAGCAAAGACGAGGGCGAGGACCCAGCACUUUCUGAUCAUCUGGCCGAGGGAGAAACUCCAAAUCUAGCCCCUGCUCCGGCAGCUUGUGAGCCCCUUACAAUUUCCUCCUCCUCCACCACACCAGACCCUGACACUGACACUUCCCAGAGUGGGGAGGGCGAGCAACCAGAGGAAAAAAAGGAAACCAAUGUGGUGGAGGGGGAGACCCCAGCAGGCGAGACGGAGAGCCCAGAAAAGACACCCACCACAGAGGAGUCAAAGUGGGAGGAGCUGGUGGAGGAGGUGGUCACAGCGGACCAAUCGCUGGCUCGAGUGCUGCACCCGUUGACCAAUCGUAAGACGGCGCUGAUGCUAAUGGAGCGUCUACUGUCGGAGGACACUCUGCUGAUGGAGGAGCACUAUAAGAAGAAGCAGGAGCAGAGAGACGCUGCAGACAGCUCUGAAGCGGUGGAUGACCCUGAAGCACGUCCCACAACUCCUGACGAUGAUCAAAUCCAACCCCAACCAGAGCCACUGAGCAAGGCGGAUGUCACGGAGAAGAAGAGGCUGCUGGUGGUGUGUAUUGAGAAGCGCCUGCGGGCCCUGGAGGAGCCCUGUGGUGCCCUGCAGGUGGAGGUGCAUGAGAAUGGGGUGCGGGGCGAGGCAGUGGAGGCCCUGGUUCGGGAGCGGUGUACGCCCGUGGAGCUUGAGCGCUACGGCCUGUUCAUCGGAGACCUGGAACGCGUGGUCAGCCUGCUGCUGUGUCUAUCCUCUCGGCUGGCCCGCGUGCAGAACGCCCUGAGCACCGUGGACCAGCACACAGACGAAGAGGAGAAGGAGUCUCUGGACAACCGUCACCGUCUGCUGUGCAAGCAGUGGGAGGACGCCAAAGACCUGAAGGACAACCUGGACAGACGGGAGAGGAUGGUGUCUAACUUCCUGUCUCGCUGCCUGACGGCCGAGCAGCUACAGGGCUACCAGCACUUCGUCCAGACCAAGGCCUCACUCCUCAUCAGGAUGAAGGACCUGGACGAGAGGCAGCGUCUGGGGGAAGAGCAGCUGGAGUCCCUGCUCAACACCCUCCCUCCCUGGGGACCACCAUCAGGACCCCAUCCUAGUAUAUCAUCUCCCCCAGCUGUCCAUCAACUCUCUGGGCUUAUAGAGCCCUGAAUUGCCUCUGCUUCAUCAAAAAAAAAA